AUGUUUACACGAAGCCAGGCAAACGGAACCCCAGUUGCAGCGGAUGCUGAUGCUAGCAACUCCGAUUCGGACGUAGAUGCGACCGUUGUUAAUAUUGGAGCCAAGGGUGUCGCGACACAAACGCAAAUAAACGCCGGAAGCGAUGCGAUAGCCACCUUAGUGGCAAGCAUUGCAUCACUCAAGGCUAGCGUGCAGGAGCUACGCAACGAAACUAGCCGUAGUCAAGUAGAGGUCCAACAGCUGCGGCAACGAAUGGAAAUGGAUUCAGCCAAUGUCAUAGCACCAACUUCCGAGGUACAGCCGCCACGUCCACAGCUUCCUCAAGCGGUACAACAAUUGCCUGUAGUACAGCCGCCAGUGUUGCUCCCAACGAAUGCAUCGCAGUUUAUAGAGGGUUCAGCCGCCAAGCUAUAUCCUCUGCCAACCUUCGAUGGUAGUCCGGAAGAUUGGCCAUUAUUUUUUGCAAAUUAUGUGGACACUACGGCGGAGUUCGGAUAUAUCAAUAGGCAAAACCUCAUGCGAUUGCAGAAAGCGCUGCAAGGCAAUGCCAAACGGGCGGUUGUGUCUAUGCUAAUAUACCCUGACGACGUGCCUAAAGUUAUGAAGGAGCUGGAGUUCAAUUUUGGCCGCCACGAUUUAUUAAUCCGUGCGCAACUACAAAAGGUCCAACAGUUUCCCGCAAUCCAUGACAAUCGGCUAGACCAGGUUCUGGAAUUUUCUAACCGGGUUCGUAACAUCUCAGCCUUCUUCAAAUCAGCAAGAUGUGAGCACCACCUCAUGAACCCAACACUUCUCGAACAACUAAUCUCGAAGCUGCCGCCGUCGAAGCAAUUCGAAUGGAGCAAACACGCCGCCAGUAUCUUGCCGUUUCCUACUGUGGGGAACUUUGCUGAUUGGCUGAGUGACUUGGCCAAAGUUGUGUCCAUAAUGCCUGGCGUCGCUGACAUAUCGCUGCGUUUUAGCCAACCACCGUUGCCAUUGUCGCGACAAAGUACAAACGCCAAUCGUCAGUCUGGGUCGAGCGGAGGUCCAGUUCGUCGAGUUCUUCACAGUAGUGAGGAGCAGCGCGUAUGCCUGUGUUGCAAACAGUCUCACGUUAUAACCAGUUGCCGAAAAUUUGCGUCGCUGGACUGCGCAGCUAAAUGGUCGCUUGUGAAACAACACCGCCUAUGCUUCGGUUGCUUACAGAUGGGGCAUGGUCUGUCCAAUUGUCGCCGCCGUAAAGCAUGCGCUAUAAAUGGUUGCACGCGCAUGCAUCAUCAGCUGUUGCACCAAGAUUGCCGUACGUUGUCAGAGCCAACUUCCGAUCGGGAACGCGUCCUAAACUGUAGGCAAGAAGACGAAGCCAGCUUGUUUAAAAUAUUGCCUGUUAUGUUGUCCGGCCCGCAUGGCAGUAUAAAGGUAUAUGCCAUGUUUGACGAGGGGUCUUCCGUGUCGUUACUGGAAGAGAGCGUCGCUACACAGUUGGGGUUAAGAGGUCGUGAGAGUUCCUUAACUUUGCAGUGGUAUGGCGAUAGCCAAACAACCGAAAGUUCAAGAAAUGUGUCUUGCGAUAUCAGAGGGGUGAGUGGUCGUCAAGAUUAUCAGCUAAAAAAUUUGCAUACAAUCAAAGGACUGAAUUUACCGAAGCAGUCAUUCAACAAGUUCAUGCACACUCACACUAAAGAGUUACCAAUGCAGAACUACGUCGACGUCAAGCCUGUUUUACUACUCGGUUUAGACAACUGCCAUUUAGGCGUACCCACAAGGACAGUCGCCGCCAGAUUUAACCAACCAGUCGCCAUUUAUACAAAGUUGGGCUGGGUCGUCUAUGGACCUCAUUGUGAAACUGCCACAGUCAUGCCGAGGGUGCUUCACGUUCGUAAGUCCGUCGCUUUGGGUCAGCUCAACAAACUAGUUGAAGAAUAUUUUUCGGUCGAGAAUUUCGGCGUCAACUGUAAAAUCGCAUUAGAGUCAGACGAGAAUCAGCGUGCCAGAAAGGUUCUAGCCGAAACAACAAGAGACCUUGGUCAGAGGUAUGAAGUCGGAUUGCUGUGGCGGGAAGAUUCAGUCAAUCUCCCACACAGUUAUGCAAUGGCAAAGCAACGUUUAUUAAACAUCGAGUCACGCAUGUUGAGGGAUGCAGAUUACGCCGAAACCUAUAAAAGGGAAAUUUCGAAAUACCUCGACAAAGGUUACGCACGAGAAUUAACGCCAGACGAAGCCGCACACGAAGGGCCGAAGACAUGGUACCUUCCGCACUUUGGCGUCGUUAAUCCGCAUAAGCCGCAAAAACUCCGUAUCGUUUUUGACGCAGCUGCCGCCACAAAUGCCUUAUCAUUAAAUUCAGUCUUGCUGAAGGGUCCGGAGCAAGCGCAGUCACUCGUAGCUAUAAUUCACAGAUUCCGUCAGGGAAUUGUAGCAGUCGCCGGAGAUAUUCAAGAAAUGUUCUCACAAGUGCGAAUACGAGACGUCGAUCAGGAUGCGCAACGAUUUCUGUGGCGAGAUGGCAAGCUGAAAGAACCGAUCCGUACCUACAAGAUGACAACAAUGAUUUUUGGAGCUAUUUGUUCGCCGUGCUGUGCGGAGCACGUUAAAAAUACCAACGCUGCCAAGUUCCAGUCUACUAUGCCCAGGGGUGCUCGUGCAGUCAUCGAGAGCACGUAUGUCGACGAUCUAGUCGUAAGCUUCAAUAGCGCCGACGAAGCAGUUGCGGUCACCAACGAAGCCAUUAAAAUCAACGCCGCUGCGGGUUUCAAGCUACGCAAUUUUGUAUCAAACAACAAGUUUGUCGAACGAACAUUAAAUGGUCAAGGAUUCACUGCCGACAACGAUAUUAUUAGAAUGGAACGUCAAGCAACGAUGGAGAAGGUUCUGGGCAUGUAUUGGAACACUGUCAAAGACGGGUUAGAAUUUCAUUUCAAAUUUCACAGAAUCGGCCGCGAUGUUCUCGAUGGUACGCGAUCUCCAACCAAGCGAGAGUUGCUGGGCAUAGCCAUGUCCAUGUACAAUCCGUUUGGUCUCCUGGCAAACGUAACAGUAGGUUUGAAGUUGUUGUUGCAAUCAUUGUGGAAGCUACGAGUACAGUGGGACGAAAAGAUACCGUAUCAGUUGGAAGAGCAGUGGUCCAAGUGGUGGAGAAGCAUACAGUCCGCAAAGCGUCUUUCGGUGCCACGGUGCUAUUCCGCGAUGUUACCAGUCGCGGACGACAUACAGCUGCACAUUUUCGUGGAUGCCAGUUCCUGCGCAUAUGCAGCCGUGGCGUAUCUGCGCGUAAGACGGGCUAAUAAAAUCGACGUUACUUUGGUAUGCGCUAAGUCGAGGUGUGCGCCUCUGAAAGGCAUGACGAUUCCGCGUUUGGAGUUACAGGCUGCAGUCUUGGGUUGCCGCCUUAAAGAGUCGCUUGAACGCUGUCAUGAUUUCCGAGUAGACAACACUACGUUUUGGAGUGAUUCCAAGACUGUCAUACUCUGGAUCCGUUCAACCAACCGAAAUUUCAAGCAGUUUGUCGCCUAUCGCGUAACCGAAAUAUUAGGCGUAACAUCUGAAGACCAAUGGCGGUGGAUUCCGACAACGCUGAACGUCGCUGACGAGGCGACACGAGCCUGUUCAUCCUUUGAGUGCGAAACACAAUCAAGGUGGUUCACGGGACCAGGGUUUCUCUACCAAGACACAUCGCACUGGCCACAGGAGAUAUCAGAGCUGACAUCCGACCAUUGCGCUUCGGAAGAAUGCGUGGGACGAGUCUUAUUGCUGUCAAAUUCUGGCGAAGUUGUGGCCUGGAUUUUCCGAUUUUUCUACAAUGCUAUGCCUGGUACUCGUCAAAGUGGAGAGCUGAAUGCCAUAGAGCUUGCCAACGCCGAGAAAACCGUACUUCGAAAGGUUCAGAACGACUCUUUUGCCGAAGAGAUCAACGCCAUUAAGCGGAAAACGCCUCUUGCGAAAUCGAGUGCGAUAUACCAGCUGACACCGUUCUUAGAUAGCGAUGGUCUGCUAAAGGUCAACGGCAGAAUCGAUUCCGCGUUUUGGGUGCCGCGUGCGCGCGCACUGCUUAAGUCAACGAAAAGGGAGUGUCCGGUGUGCGCCUACAACAAAGCUAAACCAGCGAUUCCGCUUAUGGGCCAGUUGCCAAUAGAUCGCUUAACGCCAUAUGUUCGUCCGUUUUCGUACGCCGGAGUUGACUAUUGCGGUCCGUUUUGGAAAGAGCUGAAAAAUGAACGUUUGUUUGACUUCAACCGCAUAGAUGGCGAAAUGGCAAGACGCAAAAUUCAGUGGGUAUUCAAUUGCCCUGCGAACCCAUCAGCAGGCGGUUGCUGGGAGCGCCUCGUACAGUGCGUCAAGCGACUAUUACAACGCGUUUUGCAGCAAGAGGCACCACGAUUAGAAACGUUCAGAAGCACCCUUAUAGAAGCCGAAAAUAUAAUAAAUAGCCGGCCGUUAACCGAAUUGGCCAUAUCGCCGCAGGAUGAUGAGCCAUUAACACCAAACCACUUCUUGACGGGAUGUCUCAAUUCAACUCAGACGCCUAGUCUAGAUGAAGAAAGA